ACCAAAAACCUGAAAACAUAACCACCAUUACCUCUUCAAGCAAUUUAUAUCAAAAAUCCCCUCUCUUCUCAAUAUUUGAUCCAUUUGGAAAUGGCUUCAUAUGCUCAAGAAAAACCAGUAGCUACGGGUGUUCCCGUAGAGGUUCCCAUGGUCCCUUGGUCUACUGGCCUUUGCGGUUGUUUUGAUGACUGUAGCAACUGUUGCAUGACAUGUUGGUGCCCAUGCAUUACAUUUGGUCAGACAUCCGAGAUCAUUGAUAGAGGGUCCUCGUCUUGUGGAACGAACGGGGCACUUUACGCGCUAAUUGGAGUUUUGACAGGUUGUUCUUGGAUAUACUCAUGCACGUAUCGUACAAAAUUCAGACAACUAUACAACCUAGAAGGCAGUGGCUGUACUGAUUGCCUAACUCAUUUUUGCUGCACAUCUUGUGCCUUGUGCCAAGAAUAUAGAGAACUCAAGAACAAGGGUUUUGACGUGCCGUUAGGAUGGCAAGGUAACGUGGCAAGGGGCACAGGGGACGUGGUUACUGCUCCACCUCCCGCAUAUGGAGCUAUGAACAGAUAAUGCCAUGAUGGAUAAAAAACACAAAGCUUGUCUGAAUUAAACCAAUUUGUAAAACAAAAAGAAUAAGAAAAUCCAUGAUGAUGGAUUUUUCUAGUGUGCGGCGUACUAGUGAGAGCAAUUGCUUGUUUUAGGUUUUAUAUUGUACGAUUAACGGGAAGUACCCAGCAAGUUUUUAUUUUAGUUUGAAUGUAAGCCAACCUUUCUAUUGGAAUGGUUGUAAUGUUUGGUUCUUUAUUUCCUUUUGGUUGUCAGGAAAUAAACCUGUGAUUCUUUACAAGUUUGGCAAUUGGUGUGGGUUUAAAUAAAAUAAAAAAUGGUUGUAUUUUGUUAAAGAUGUAAUCAUUGUUGGAUUCAGUUGAAUAACACAUUUAUUCAUUACCAAA